AUGCAGGAAAACGUCGCCAUCGCAGUCAUCAUCAUCAUCCUCUUCAUCGUCCUGGCCCUUGUCGGCCUGGCCAUCUGGGCCGCCCAGAAUCAUGCCUUAUUCUUCUGGCGGAGACGGGAGCUGGACGAGGAAGAGGUCGAUUAUCUGUCUGCUGACUGUGAUAAAGCCUCUGAAGAACAACAAACCGAGGACAUUAGACUGACACCAUUCUUCGGUUGCUCAGGGGCAUUACCCCAAGCCUCAGCACCGCCUCAACACCAUCUCGCGCCCGAGCCCACCCUCGGCUUCGAACUGUCCGCUCAUCCUCAACAAUGCUCAUCGAAGACGUCCGCAUAUUCGACGACACAGAUGGAUAUGGAGAAUGAGGCAUGCGAUGUGCAUGGCUGUCUGGAUAGUGUCGGUACGUUGUAGGUGAGAGAUGAGGUUUUGGGUGUAUAGUUAGGUUUGGAGAUUGGAACGGGAUAUAUUGUCUAUGCUGUUCUCAAAAAAUCAUGAAAACGGUACCCAUAAUUUGUGAUAUUGAAAAAUAUCUUUGUUGCGUG